UCCAUAUAUGAAGAUUCAAAUCUGUUCAACAUGACGCAACGGUUGGAAGCGCAAGGGCUAAAGAAUCCAAAAACCGACGAUAUGUGGGAUUACGGAUCCGAUCAUGACGAUGUUACAAAGAUUUGUGUACGAGGUGACUCUGAAAGCAUAAAGUUCAUCGGAUUCGAUUCUAUCAAGGAUGGUCAACUUACAUAUGGAUCAUUAUGUAGAUCAAAAAUUCGAGGUUUCACUCAAACGUUUGAGAUUAACCAUCUAAAAGAUGAACAACUUGUAUCUGUUGAGGGUUACUACAAGGAUAGAGUGAUUCGAGGACUUCAAUUCAAAACCAACUUGAGGAUUUCUGAACUGAUAGGAUUUGAAGAAGAUUGCACUAAAUUUUCGCUUGCUGUGGAUGGAAAAAAGAUCAUUGGAUUUCAUGGAUCUUCUAGUGGAGCUGGACUCAACUCUCUUGGAGCAUACUUCACAUGGAUUUCUCCUACUAGAUUGGAUGUGAAAGGAAAAUAUGGAGGCAAGGAAUGGGACGAUGGAACAGACCAUGAAGCUAUUACAAAAAUCUCUUUACGAGGUGGACCAGAAGGUAUACGAUACAUCAAGUGUGAUUAUGUCAAAAAUGGACAGCGGGUAUAUGGGCAAGCCCAUAGUGGCACAGGUGGAGGCUUCACACAGACGUUUGAGUUGAAUCAUCUUGUAAAAGAAUAUUUAGUAUCUGUUGAGGGUUACUACGACGAUAGCAAGACCGUCAUUCAAGGAAUUCAAUUCAAAAGUAACAUCAAGAUUUCUGAUCUGAUAGGAUACGACAUAGGUAAGAAGUUUAGACUAGCAGCCCAUGGGAAGAAUAUCAUUGGGUUUCAUGGAACUGCUGAUAAGAAUCUAAACUCUCUUGGAGCAUAUUUCACAACUUCCCCUGUUAUUAAAGUGGAAUCCAAAGGUGAUACUAACAUAGGUCAACUUUGGGAUGAUGGAACCUUUGAGUUUGAGGGCGUAAGAAAAGUGUACGUUUGUUGUCUCAUGGUAAACUUCGAAAAUCCAGGCAAAGAGCCAACGAGUGGACAAGAAGCGGAGUUUGAGGUCGACUUUCCAAAUGAACUCAUCACAUCUGUGGAGGGGACUUUGAACACUUUGUACACUACGUGGGUUUCAUCGUUGACUUUCAAAACAUCAUAAGGGAGAACCUCUCCAACAUAUGGAGUAGAGACUAAUAGUAAAUUCGUGCUUGAGAGCAAAGGUUGUGCUCUUGUUGGUUUCUAUGGACGGGUUACUGGUACUAUUUCCUCUCUUGGAGCAUAUUUUCGUCCCCUGCCUCCUACUCCCGAUAAAGAUAAAGUACUAGAAGCAAAAGGUGGUGAAGGAGGAUCAUUUUGGGACGAUGGCAGUUUUGAUGGUAUUCAAAAGAUAUACAUAGGAUUUGGCGAGUUGGGUAGUGUUGCUUUCGUCAAGUUUCUGUACGAAAUGGACUCUCAUGUGGUCGGAGAUGAUCAUGGGAGCAAGACAGUUCUUGGAAUGGGAUAUGAAGAGUUUGAUUUGGGAGACGAUCCUAGUGAAUACCUGAUGUCAGUCGAGGGUAGUUAUGAUCUAGUAGAUGGAGGGAAAUCUGAAGCUAUAGUCAUGCUUAGGUUCAAGACCAAUAUGCGAACCUCUCCAACCUUUGGAACAGAUUCAGGCACAAGUUUCAUACUCCAAAAGGAAAAUCACAAGAUUGUUGGAUUCCAUGGAAAAGCAAGUACCACGCUUCAUCAAAUUGGGGUUCAUGUCCUACCCGUUACAUAA